GAGACUGGCUGGUCACCAGCUGAGGGUCCUGACUAGGGCUGAAGCUGAGUGCUUGCCCUCCUGUACCCCAUUUUUGGCCCUUUCCAGAAGUAGACAAACAGGAGAGAGGACUGCGGAGACACCGUGCAGCUUGGCUGAGCUCAGCCCUCUGCUGAGGCCACUCUUUCUCCAAACCCCAGCGUUUUAGACAAGAGAGGAAUGUCUUGUGGGGUGGGGCCGGCCCAUGUGGGCAACUCAAGUUCUGGGGAGGGCUGGGAUCCCUCAGGACGAGCUCUUUGCCUAGAGCCAUGUCUGUCUCCCCAGAACUGACCCCUCAGAAGGGCCACCUCCUGAGAUCCACAGAGAACGCAUCCCCAGACAGUGAGCGCUGCUUGGGAGGCACCAGCCCUUCAAAAAAUGUUUAAACGCAUCUCCUGCCCAUUGUACCGGGGUGUGAUUUCCUGCCGGUCUUUUUAUCUGACCAGCAGACACAGAGGCCACACUCAUCGAGGCCGGGACGGUCUUGGCCGAAGAAAACUCACCCGGCAGAGACGGGCUGCAAAGAUGGCCUUGCACCCACAGGUCGGAAGACCUCAUGGCCAUCACAGAGAUGGAAGUGAGCCACAAGCUGAAGCCACAGCCCAGGACAUGGGGAGGCAUCCUUCCCCAGGCAGGGUGGGACCAGCUGUCUGCCCCAUCCGAGGGCUGAGAUCUCAGGCUGCUCGAAGACCCCGAAGGGGUGUAGGGACAACAUCUUCCUCAAGGGUUCCUCGCUCUGGUGCCCUCAUGCCUGCAACACGCAGCCGGACAAGGUUUAUCCACUGCCGGGGUCAGCCCCCUCGGACCCAUGUCAGCUCCAAGAGACCCAAACGAUCCAGGAUCCGUCGAUGCCACCCUCGGGUGCCAGGCUGGACCCAUGAGAAACGGAUGGGGAGCAGUGUCGAGGAGGGGCUCCGGCCUGAGCUAAGUCGGCUGGACCAAGAUGCAGACCUCCUAGAGGAAGAAGAAGCUGCCAGACUACCUGUGACCUCCCUGGAGGGGCUCUUUCUGGAAGGGGACAAGCAGCCCAAUUCUGGUCAGGGCCCUUUCUUUUACAUCGGAGGCACCAAUGGAGCAUCGAUAAUCAGCAACUACUGUGAGAGCAAGGGCUGGCAACGCACUCAGGACAGUCGCUGUGAGGACUACAAGCUAAAGUGGUGUGAGAUCAAGUGCAGGGACAACUACUGCAGCUUCCGGGAAGGCCAGCAGUUGCUGUUCCAGCUCCCCAACAAUAAGCUGCUCACUACCAAGAUCGGGUUGCUCAGUGCCCUGCGGGAGCAUGCACGAACUUUGAGUAAAGCCAGACUGCUGCCCAGUACCCAAGCCAAGGUCCUGAAAAUGGAAGAGUUUUUUCCAGAGACCUAUCGGCUGGACAUCAGGGAUGAGAGACAGGCUUUCUUCACUCUAUUUGAUGAAACCCAGAUAUGGAUCUGCAAGCCCACGGCCUCCAACCAGGGAAAGGGCAUCUUUCUGAUCAGGAGCCAGGAGGAGGUUGCUGCCCUGCAGGCCAAGACCCAGAGCAUUGAGGACGACCCCAUCUACCGCAAGAUGCCCUUCCGUGCACCUCAGGCGCGGGUGGUGCAGAGAUAUGUCCAGAACCCACUGCUGCUAGAUGGGAAGAAGUUUGAUGUGCGCUCCUACCUGCUCAUUGCCUGUGCCAUGCCCUACAUGGUCUUUUUUGGCCAUGGCUAUGCCCGCCUCACCCUCAGCCUGUAUGACCCUCAUUCCAGUGACCUCAGUGGUCACUUGACAAAUCAGUUCAUGCAGAAGAAGAGUCCUCUGUAUAUGCUGCUGAAAGAGAGCACUGUGUGGAGCAUGGAGCACCUCAACCGAUACAUCAAUGACAAGUUUAGGAAGACCAAGGGCCUCCCCAGAGAUUGGGUCUUCACCACCUUCACGAAGCGGAUGCAGCAGAUCAUGGCCCACUGCUUCCUGGCUGUCAAGUCCAAGCUGGAGUGCAAGCUGGGUUACUUUGAUCUCAUUGGCUGUGAUUUCCUGAUUGAUGAGAACUUCAAGGUGCUGUCUUGGGAAGAUGAGGUGUGGCUGCUGGAGAUGAACUCCAACCCUGCCCUACAUACCAACUGUGAAGUCCUGAAGGAGGUGAUCCCUGGAGUGGUUAUGGAGACCUUGGAUCUAGCUCUUGAGACCUGCCAAAAGAGCUUGCAUAGUCAGAAGAUGCUGCCCCUGCUGUCACAGCGUCGCUUUGUGCUCCUUUACAAUGGCGAGACCACGGACCUGUGGCCGCGCUUGGGGGGCUCACGCUCCCUUGCCCGCCUGCCUCCGCCGCCGCCUCCCCGGCCCACCUGUGAGGUCGCAUCCUCUGCGCUGUCCUCAGUACGUGCCGCUGCAGACCGGCCUGGCGCACGCAAGCCGGUGCCUUCCAGGGACGCUCCCUUAUGCACCUUCCGCAAAUCGCGGCUGCCUGACUCCAGCGGAGGAUCCGGAGCGGAGUCUGAGCCCUCUCUCUGUUCUGGGUCCCCAGAAGGCAGCAGGGACGCGGUUGGGGAGCCCUCCCUGGGGCCGCCCGAAGAAGAGCACGAGGAGGAACAGAGGAGCGCUAGCCACCGGGGCUCCUAGCCGCCACAAGCAUCCAGACCCCCUGCUCACGGCCGUGCCCUCUCCGGGACCUAUAAAAGCUACUUUGUGACAAA